GAAAUAGCAGAUGUGACAAGGGGACUGUGCAGUUAGCAAACAGAUACCCUUCAGCAGUUUGGCUUUGUCAAGGCACGGGGUAGAAGCGGAACAGCCAUGGAGAACGUAGAAAUUUUCGAUUCAGAGGGCAAAGGACGAGGCCUAAGGGCCACUAGAGAGUCCUGGGCUGGAGAUAUUAUCUUUGCAGAACCUGCUUAUUCUGCAGUUGUGUUUGACAAUCUCUCCCACUGUGUGUGCCAUUCAUGCUUCAAGAGGCAGGAGAAACUACUGCGCUGUGGACAGUGUAAAUUUGCUCACUACUGUGACCGAACGUGUCAAAAGGAGUCAUGGGUUAACCACAAACAUGAGUGUUUGGCCAUUAAGAAAGCUGGUAAAGCACCAAAUGAAAAUAUCAGGCUCGCUGCACGAAUUCUCUGGAGGAUAGAGAGGGAAGGAGGUGGCCUCACCGAGGGAUGCUUAGUCUCCAUUGAUGAUCUACAGAAUCAUUUAGACAAAUUUGGUGACGGAGAGAAGAGUUCACUCAUGGAAGAUGUUCAGAAAUUUAUGGAUUUUUGGCCAAGUCAGAGCCAACAGUUUGGCAUGCAGUACAUCUCUCAUAUCUUUAGCGUGAUAAGCUGCAAUGGUUUUACUCUGAGUGACCAAAGGGGUCUCCAAGCUGUUGGUGUUGCGAUUUUCCCUAACCUCUGCCUUACUAACCAUGACUGUUGGCCAAAUUGCACCGUCAUAUUCAACAAUGGCAAUCAUGAGGCUGUUAGAUCAAUGUUUCAUACACAGAUGAGAAUUGAGCUUCGAGCUCUCGGGAAGAUCAACAAAGGAGAUGAGCUUACUGUGUCCUAUGUGGAUUUCCUCAAUCUCACUGAGGAUAGAAUGGAGCAACUGAAGAAGCAGUAUUACUUUGACUGCACGUGUGAGCAUUGCACCAACAAAACCAAGGAUGCAUUGCUCUUGGCUGUGAACGAUGGAGAAAGCAAGCCAGAAGAUCGUGUUGUGAAAGAGGUGAUCCAAUAUUCAAAAGACACCAUGGAGAAGAUAGAAAAAGCUCGUUCAGAAGGGUCGUACCAUCAGGUGGUGAAACUCUGCCGGGAAUGUCUGAAGAGACAGGAGCCCAUUUUUGCCGAUACCAACAUCUACAUGUUACGGAUCCUAAGCAUAUAUUCAGAAGUGCUCUCUUAUCUCCAAAUGUUUCAGGAUGCCGCAGAAAAUGCCAAGAAAAUGAUUGAUGGAUACAUGAAAAUCUAUCAUCCAAAUAAUGCCCAGCUGGGAAUGGCUAUAAUGAGGGCAGGAGUGACCCAAUGGCAUGCUGGCAUGAUUGAAGUUGGUCACGGGAUGAUCUGCAAAGCCUUUGCAAUUCUUCUUAUCACACAUGGCCCUUCACAUCCUAUCACAAAAGACUUAGAGGUGAUGCGCUCGCAGACAGAAAUGGAGCUUCGGAUGUUCAAGGAGAAUGAGUUUGUUUAUUAUAAGAUGAGGGAAGCAGCUCUAUCAAAUAAGCCCUUCCAAGUCAUGGAUGAACCCAACAUUGAAGCCCCCACAAACUUAUUCCACAAAAAGCCGCAAGAAGCAAAAUCCUAACUGUCCCGUAACACCUCCAGCAUCACAUAGGGAACCUGGAUAUAACAUGUCAGACCCCACCAGAGCCCAGAUUACAUGAUAAUGACAUCACCUUGCUGUCUAUGACAUCACUGUGAGUUUUCAUUCAUAAAAGGUGCAACGUUUGCUACUGGUCUAGGAACUUAUAGCAGGUUGAAUUUACUAUGUACCUGAUUGCUUGCAAUGGGUUACUAGACCUGGGCAAGCUUUUUAUUUCAACUUUUAACGUACAGGUGUAGGACCUGUUAUCCAGAAUGCUCAGGACCUGGGGUUUUCCAGAUAACUGAUCUUUCUGUAAUUUGGAUCUUCAUAACUUAAGUCUACUAGAAAAUCAUUUAAACAUUAAAUAAACCCAACAGUCUGGUUUUGCUUCCAAUAAGGAUUAAUUAUAUCUUAGUUGGGAUCACGUACAAGCUACUGUUUUAUUAUUACAGAGAAAAAUGAAAUACCGUACAUUUGAAAAAUGAGAUUAUAAUGAAGUCUAUGGGAGACAGCUUUUCUGUAAUUCGAAAACUUUCAAGAUAAUGGGUUUCCGGAUAACAGAUCCCAUACCUGUACUACAUCACCAUGUAUGAAAUUAAAGAGAAAGCCAUAGCUACAAACACGCCAACCCCUAAUUCUUUUUGUGUGUUAUUUGCCCUUUCCCUAAACGUUAUUUUUUUUGUAAGUUUUAAAAUGUAUGAAAAUUUGUAUUGAAUUGAGGAAUAUUUUUACAUAAUGCUGUGGAGUUACCCUACAAACUGCCCAGAUAUAUAGACACACAGAUCAUGUGAUGCUCCUGUGAGCACUUAUAAUAUAUAUAAGAAUGUGGAGAUCUUACACCACGUCUGUCCUUUGAUAACAAAAAGGCAACAGAAUAUGAUAAAAUAGACUGUCAUGGUUUUUUUUUUGUGUACUUUGUAUCCCAAAACUGAGCAAUAAAUUCCAGGUUUGUAUUUUA